AUGCCGUACAACACGCGCCGCAAAUCACUGUCCCUGCCCAGCUUGGGCAUACACAUUCCUGUAACGCACGCUGCUCGCGCUGCCGCUGCCGCUGCCGCCGCCGCUGCCUCGACAAAGGCCACGAGAAGACCUCACUCUCCGUCGUCGUCGUCGUCUUCGUCUUCGCCAGCCACGUCGGCGCACCUUUCAGACUCUUCAGUCGAUACGAUGGACUCGCAUCUAAGCAAGCGCCUCAAGCGAUCACACGGAGCCGCCGCCUCUGCGCCCGUUGAAGCCAUCACCGAGCAAACCCCUCCUCCCUCACCGGCCGCGCCCCCCGGCGUCGAUAUGUCUGACCUGGACGUGAUACGCAAGGUUGAUCUCGAGGGUAUCAACGAUGAUAUUGUGGAGGCUUCGAUUGUCCAGUUGCAGUCGACAGCGAACAGACCGCACCUCAUCAAGGAGUUGGCCACCGUUCUCACUCAGACCUUGUCUUCUGUCCAACAAUCUGCCAAUCCAUGCGCCAUCAUCUCCUCCCGCUUAACCUCAUACAUGAAACGGCCGUGCUGGACCGCUCUCGCCCCUUGCCCCCUUGCUAAAGAACUCGAGACUGUGCAUCCCCGCCGCACCUACUUCUUUCUCACGACUUGCCCGCGACAAAACCUUCCGGAUUCCAGCAUCACUCAACCAAUUCGUCUCCCCGCCGUCGUUACCCCCUCCGUAUCAUUGACUGAUGAUUCUGGGUCUGACGAUGCCGACGGUCGCCGAAGAGAGUUGAGUCCUUCUCCCGAGGUGGAUCUUUCGUCACCGGAGUUUGAUGACAUGGAGGACGACGCGGGCAUGCCCAUCACGCCCAUAGGUUCAUUCAAAUCCCACAGUAACCGUCUGAGACACGGAAGAGACUUGCGCCGUGACUCUCCACCUUUGGAAACUGAUGAGCGCGAGUUCACCCAAACUGCGGAUAUUCUUCAAAAACGCAAGUUCAUUCACGAAAACACGCCUACUGGUUCUGAGAUGGCUGAGCGCAACUCUACCGUUGAGUACGGCUACCGCGACGACGUUUGGUUUGGCGAUCGUGCUCUUGCGACGGUCGCCUUUUUCACCAGUCCGGCUAUCAAGCCGAGCCCCAUGUCAACAAUGCGCAAAGACGACGAUGCUGACAGCUGGCUGAAGCUCAGCAAACUCUUUGAAUGGGAUAGAACUGCAGAGAGUAUCGAAAUCGACGAGCUUGACUGCCUUUUAGACGCCUGCUGA